AUGGCAGCCACAUUGUUUGAUAUGGCACAGCGUGCUUGUAUCAGAAAUGUUAUGGACAUGUACGACGUUGGCGACCUUCGAUACGAAACUAUCAGGCCCGUUCUCAAAAGAGUCACCAAUCCAGCACAGCUCCGUCAAAUAGAAGAAGCAUCCCCUCACAUCGCCGAAGACGACGCAGAACUCUGGCAGGCUUUCAUCCGAAGAGAUAUACUAAAAGCCGAAUCUAAGCUUCAGACCACACGCCCAAAGAACCCUUCCUCAUGGUGGAAGGUGUAUCGCAAACUCAAGAGAGAAGAUGAGGCCGACACUCAGGCAGCAGAAGACAGGCUCAAGGCUACACUCAACAGACACAAGGUCGACAAAGGAGCGAAGCAGACUCACAUCGUACAUGCUGUCAUUCCGUCAGGCGAGAAGCGUCCAGCUUGGAGCUCGUCAGCACCCCGCGACAAGCCCUUCGGCAACCAAGCUCUGAAAAACGCAAGAACAGCUGCCCAAACAAUCACCGUCCUCAAACGUCAGACCGCACAGAGACAAGCAGGCCGCAGUGUCGCUCAGUCUGUACCUAUGCAUCAACUCUCUCAGCUUAGAGGCAAAGUCAACGAGGCACCCGCACAUAUGAUCCGGAAUUAUGCUCAGAAGCCUGGACCCACAAGACCACCCCCAGCUGUGCCUCAAGGUCAACAAUACAGACCCGUCUUUGCUCGCCAACCACAAACUUACGCCGAUCGUGUCUUGAACUCUGCCAUUAACCAGACUAAGCAAGAACAAGAGGCCAAGGAAAGAAGAUUGCUAGCUCUGACCAGUGGUUCCUCGGCGAACAAGCCCAGGCCUACUGCAGCAACAUCAACGAGUAGACCGCCAACCGCAUCAGCACCACAACGGAGGCCAUCGCCUGUGCCAGCACAAAGACCAGCACCAGUACCGACAUCGUCGACCUCUACGUUAGCAAGGAAACGGCCUGCAUAUGAUCCAUUUCUGCCUGCUAAAAAGAGACGCACAUGA